CUUUGAUGACCAGAAACUGACGUCGAUUAAUCUGCACAUUAGGUGAUAGGAAGCGCCAAGAAAAACGAUUGCUACAAAAGGUCCACCCAAUUUCUUGGUUUCAACGACUCGUUCAGGUCUACUCUACUGUACACACGUACACUAUGCCCAUAGAAACUCAGCCUCGCAAAAAGAGAGCCGUAUCCGAUUGCAAGCCGGACUCAGAUGUCGAUCACCGCAAAAGGCGUCGGAACCGCACCACUCAAUCAUGUCUCAACUGUCAUACAUCAAAGCGAAUGUGUGAUCGGAAGCGUCCUGCUUGUGCUCGCUGUACACAACUUGGUCUAACCGGUCUAUGUGUAUAUGAAGUUGAUGAUCCCAAUCAACGGUCCGAUACCCAGGAUGAGAGCUUGCGUCUAUUAAAACGAGUCGCCGAGCUCGAAGGUGUUAUACGUGAGCUGAAGAACAAACCGCAUCCCCGAUGGUUGCAACCAGGCUGCCAACAAAUGGCUCCCGAAGCUAAAAGCUCGUCUCAGAAUCCAGUUAUUCACGUUUCCGCCGCUCCGGAUUCCACUAGGCCUUCAUCUUCUGCGCCCGUGAAACAUCCAAAUCCGCAAACGUUGCCUUCACCUACGUCACCGACAUAUCCUCCAAACAGCCUGCGUAUUGAUAGCAGUCCAUCCUCUCAGUCUUCGUCGUGUUUCAGUGCCUCUCCCGUUAGCACCCCUUCACCCACCGCCACUCCUGUAGAUGAGUUUUCCUGCUCACCAGUCGCUGUCGGAUCGACAUCUGACGGACUGGAUCUGGUGUCCAUGUUUAUGUCCUAUCCAGACAUGAUACCUUCGGAUCAUUCAAUGGCGAGACGUAAUCUUUGUGACCUUCCAAAGACUAACAACGGUCACUGCGGCUGUUUACAUGAAGCCGCAAACUAUCGUGCGCUCUUGGAGUUAUCACUGAGGCUUCGGAAAGCCGCGGAUGUGCUUGCAAGAUCACCUCGACAUCAUUCUGGCUCGAGCUGUUCACUCCAGAGACGAGUCUCGGAGCUGGAUACUCAUGCUUCGACAUCCUUGGGUGAUGUCAAUUGCCCGCCCGAUGAUACAGAGACAGUUUUGAAUGACUGUGAUCAGCUACGGCAUCCUUUCGGUACCCAUACGAACAUCUAUGAUCCAAUAGCUGUACAGACCGCGAUACCUCCCGAUGCCAUUACUCCAUUAGCAUUGCAUGGCAUCCGCCCUUGGGAUAGCUUUGUUUCCGACAUGCACAUGGCUGCCGAUGAUCCAAUGAUGAACUGGGAACCCCGUAGGUGACGAGAGCCCCGGACUAUCAGAAUUGCGCCCCAGUCGAUAGCAUCGAGUCUCGGUGUUUGCAAAUACCGGAUAUUAUUGUUAUACUUUCCUUUUUUCCUUCUAUUUAUACAAUACAUGUACAAGUAACUUUUUCAUAAC